CAGCAAUACUCUUCCUGUUCAUAUUGUUUUUAUUUGCAGCUACUCAGCUGACCGACAGCCAUGCGGUUCCGUUUCUGUGGAGAUUUGGAUUGCCCAGAUUGGGUGCUUGCCGAAAUUAGCACAUUAGCGAAAAUUUCAAGUGUCAAGAUGAAACUCCUGUGUGCUCAAGUGCUGAAGGAUUUGCUUGGGGAAGGCAUUGAUUAUGAAAAGGUUGCAAAGCUUACUGCAGAUGCAAAGUUUGAGAGUGGAGACAUCAAAGCUAGUGUGGCAGUGCUCAGCUUCAUUUUCUCCAGUGCAGCAAAGCAUGAUGUUGACAGUGAAUCUCUAUCCAGUGAGUUGCAGCAGCUCGGUCUGCCAAAAGAACACACAACAGGACUCUGCAAAUCAUAUGAAGACAAGCACUCUGCACUGCAAGACAAACUCAGGGAGACGAGCCUGAGAUUAGGACGAUUGGAAGCAGUGUCAUGGCGCAUUGACUACACCCUGAGCUCCAGUGAGCUACGAGAGGUGAAUGAACCUGUGAUUCAGCUUAAACUCCAGGCACAAGGAGCAGAGUCAGGCUCCACAGAGACGACUGUUGUCUCUGUCUCUGCUGACAAGUUCAGAGUCCUGCUUGCAGAGCUCAAACAAGCCCAGACAAUGAUGAAUGCACUAUAAUGAAGUCUGACCUCAAAUGUCUGAUCAAGAGCUGAAUCGCGUGCUGAUCGACUGCCAAAAGUGCCAUACCUACAUCUUGUACAGCCUAAUUUGUUUGUAUGAAUGCAGUUCAAAAAUUUUAGGUGAAAGGGUCAUUCCUUAUUUGGAAUAACUGAUAUUUAAUUGUAUUUUUCUGCCACAUUAAUUGGUGAGAAUGUUUCCAGACUGGGUGAUUUGUCACUGAAGCAGAAGUACCGAUUUGACCAUUUUUGUAAAAUAUUGAGUAUUACUUAACAAAAUUUGAUUAGAAUGAUGUUGAUAAUUUGUGUGUUGUCUUAAUAUGCUCAUAUAUAAAUAAAACAAAUAAAUAACA